AUGAACGCAGGCCUGAACAACACUACUUUUACCUCCUGGCCCGGGAGAUUCAUCAACCGGAUGAUCAUCGCGAGGGCGAAGCAUUACGGGCGCUGGACACCGGGGCACCGGUUGAGUCCGUGGAUGUUGACCACCGCCCUCGUAAUAAUCAACUUGCUCCAGUACGGUUCCCCUUUCGACCCGAAGGUCAUCGACGAGGUGUUCGUGGAUCAGGACGGGAAGUCGAUACCGUACGAAACUCUGGAGCAGGAGUCUUUUCUGCUUGACAGCUACGACAUGAGCCGCUGGAAAGAUGGCACUCAUACGGAGGACGUGGACGUGGUGGACAGCAGCGGACUGGAUGACGUAACAAGUACUGGCAACCAAACGCAAUCGCUGUCGACCUCCGACGUAGUUGUUUCGACUGCAUUCCUACAAGAAGGAGAGGCGAGGGUCAGCGAGAAAGAAAAAACCGGCGUGCAGCUUCAGCAGCAGAAAGAGGUCCGGAGUAAAGGAAUUUGGCAGAAGGGAAAGUGGGCGGUGUGGAUGUUCACCACGAUGUUCCCUGCCGCACAAAGAACGCUGCGUGCGUACGAGGAUCCGAAAUCUCCACCCGCGGUCGCUCAAGCGAAGAAUCGACUGGACGCCGCCAAGUACCACUUGAUCGACCACGCAACCGGGGCUUUGGAGGAAGCCGGCCUGGGUAGAUAUUUCAGCGAGAAGCACAACCCAGCACUGAAGUACUCGGACUUGAAGAAGUCGCGCAGCACGCUUCUUGGGAAACAUCGCGUACAGGUCCUGUUUCCGAAGGGGGUGAUCGGCGUUGCGCCGGAACUGCAGAAAGCGUUCGCGACGGUGAGGACUGUGACUACGCAGGACGGGCCGAAGCCCGGGACGAAGAAAAUAGUGGCGGCCAUCGAAUCCGGCGGAAGAAGUGGUGUUUUGGUCAAGAAGUACCCCAGCAUCCCGAUCGAAUUUCUCUACGAAGUACCGAAGAAGGGAGAGGUGUUUACAUUUCUUCACGCUUUGCCUUGCCAGGUGACUGGUGAGGCUCGCUGGUUGACCUGUUACCCUGGAGGAGUCUACGUGUGUACCUCAUACGACGAAAGGAGCAUGGUCGUCAAGUUCGAGACCUGCAGUCCCGUGGAAGGGCGUUCGGACCAAGGAGCGGGCGGGCUCGCGAUGAAGUCGCAGAAGGGAGUCACGGCCAACAAGCUGUACGUGUUCGCGGGCGCAGCUGCUGAGAAGAUACGCGUGUUCUCUCCCGCUGGAGUCUCCAGUGGAAAAGAGGAUACGCGAGACACCUCCGGCGUCUGGAUUUUCUCGCCAAAGUCCAGGACCCUCUCUCCAGACCAAAGCGUGACGACCCAAGCCACGCGGGCAGCUAUGGGCAUCGCAGACGCCACGGGCGUGGCGGCGUCCUCUUUCGUGAAGAUGCACAUUACCAAGCCGAACCUCUUCCAGCAGGUUUCCGGCGUGCUCCACAGCGUCACUCAAAUAGUUCCGGCGGCGUUAUUCCCGCAAAGUGGAAACGCGAAGAAGCAGAAGGCGAAGGGUGUGCCGAUUGUGCUGCAUCCCUUUCAGCAGACGGUCUUGCUGAUGCCCGUGUCCGAAAAUCUGCUCCGAUUUCAAAUCGACGCGCCCGAAGUAAUGUUCGACGUCAAUCGGUUGCUGAAAGUGGAUGUGCUUGCUAGCGGAGCAUCCGAGUCGUUUGAAAGACUCCAUCGAAGCUUGCCUUUGGACGCCGGCGCGCGUGAAGUCGGCGAAGUGAUUAACGCGACCGUGCAGUUUGCCGACGCAGCUCUUUCGGCACCAACCGGCUCGGGCCCAGCAUCUCCGCUUGAUGUAGUUCUCAACGACAUGCCAAAAGAACUACCACAAACGACUUCUUCGCUCCCAAAAGUUUUUGCAAAAUUCGCAAACAAAUUCGGCAGCGCAGUAGAGAGAGGAGUGGCCGACGGCGCGGCUUCGUCGUCGUUUCUGCAGUGGGACUCGGACAAUCCGAGCUGGAUGGGACCGUCCGGGUCCGGGGAGGGCUACUUGCCCUCCCGGUUUACGAUCGUUGCUGUCGUGGUCGCUAUUAUUGUGUUCGGAAUUUUGAUGAUCCUGGUAAGCACAGGGACCGUAUCAAUGGAUGAAUUAAUGCGGCGCUGA